GGCUGGGCCCAUCUCUCUGUCAGUGGAGUGUGCUACCCGCUCCGGAGGCGGGCUGCGUAGUGGCGCCCGAAGCUGGCAGAGGUGGACUCCAGCGCUGGGCUUUGCCCGCUCCUUGAAGCUGUGAAUUCCUUUGGACAAUUGAUGAUAUUUAUCAUUGUGCUCAGUUUCUACAGAUAAAAGAUGGGUGGAUUAUUUUCUCGAUGGAGGGCAAAACCUUCAACUGUAGAAGUUCUGGAAAAUAUUGAUAAGGAAAUUCAAGCAUUGGAAGAAUUUAGGGAAAAAAAUCAGAGACUACAAAAAUUAUGGGUUGGAAGAUUAAUUCUUUACUCCUCAAUUCUCUAUCUGUUUACGUGUUUAAUUGUGUACUUGUGGUAUCUUCCUGAUGAACUUACAGCAAGACUCACCAUGACACUCCCGUUUUUUGCUUUCCCAUUUAUCAUCUGGAGCAUAAGAAUAGUGCUUAUUUACUUCUUUUCCAAGAGAACAGAAAGAAAUAAUGAGGCGUUGGAUGAUUUAAAAUCCCAGAAGAAAAAAAUACUUGAAGAAGUCAUGGAAAAAGAAACGUACAAAACAGCUAAAUUAAUUCUUGAAAGGUUUGAUCCAGACUCAAAGAAAACAAAGGAGUUUGAGCCGCCAUCUGCUGGAGCAGCUGUAACUGCAAGACCUGGACAAGAGAUUCGUCAGCGAACUGCAGCCCAAAGAAACCUUUCUCCAGCACCAGCAAGCACUAGCCAGGGCCCUCUUCCGCAAGUUCCAGUAACUCCUGGACCAGCAAAGGACACUUCAGCCCCUGGUGGACCCCCAGAAAGAACGGUUACUCCAGCCCUGUCAUCAAAUGUGUUACCGAGACGUCUUGGAUCCCCUGCUACUUCAGUGCCUGGAAUGGGUCUUCAUCCUCCGGGCCCACCUUUAGCAAGACCCAUUCUGCCCCGAGAACGAGGCGCUUUGGAUAGAAUUGUUGAAUAUUUAGUUGGUGAUGGUCCACAAAACAGGUAUGCCCUUAUAUGUCAGCAGUGUUUUUCUCAUAAUGGCAUGGCUUUGAAGGAAGAAUUUGAAUACAUUGCUUUCCGAUGUGCCUACUGUUUUUUCUUGAAUCCUGCAAGAAAAACCAGACCCCAGGCUCCAAGACUUCCAGAGUUUAGUUUUGAGAAGAGGCAGGCUGUGGAAGUCUCAAGUUCAGUUGGUUCCUUGCCAUCAGGAAAUGUGAUUUCAUCAGAGAAUCAGAUCAGUGAAGAAUCUGUAGAAGAGCAAGAUGUUUCUGAUAGCACUACAGAGCAGACAGAGGACACAGUAACAGAUACAGAGCAGACAAACGAAGGGGUUGAAAAAGCACCUGGCACAGAGGAGCCAGUGGAGAAGCAAGAAGAGGCCGAGAAUGAGGAAACCUCAAUGAAUGAAGCCAAACCAACAGUUCCUGCAGCUGAUUCUAUUCCUAAUCCUGAACUAAGUGGAGAAUCUUUGUUGACAAUGUAGUAAAUGCUUCCACGUGCCUUCAACUGGAUAUUUGUAGUUUUGCUGAUGUCAGUUACUGCUUUUUAGGUGGUGCUUUUUUUUUUGAUAUGCUCAAUAUCAUUUGAAUUCAGAUUGCCUAGCUAUUUUGAUAUGUCAGAACUAUUAUCUACUAAAUAUUAAAACUAAAAGCAAGUGAUAUCAGUGAAGUAAGAUCCUUUUGAAUGUAUAAAGACCCACACUGUUUAGACAGCUUUUGGAAAUUUUUUCCACCCUAAAAGUAAACAAACCUGAUAGCAUUCUUGUAUUCUAUAUGCGUGACCUGUAAAUAUUAUUUUGACAUAGGAAGAACUUUGGUUAGGAAUAAGUUCUAAUAGUGUUUGUUUUAAGGAAUGAAACUCAAUUAAGAUUUUUAAUACUUCAUCAUUAAAAAUUGAUAGAAUUUUUACUCUCAAGAUAUUUGCCAGGGGGGAAAAUGUCUGUUUAGGCAUUUACAUUAAGCAGUAUGAAAGUUUUAACUAUAACUAGGUAUUGGUAUGAAAUCUUGGUAAAAAUGCAAUUGAAGAAUCAAGUGCAGUGUUUCUUUUGAUGUCUCUUAUUUUGCAGCUGGGCCAAAGGCACAUAAUGUAUAUAAUUAGCAUAUGUUUACAUAUAACAUAUAGGAAAUAUUUCUGCCCUUGACUGUACUUGAAUUCUGAGCAUUAUUUAUACUUGUAAAAUAAUGAUAUUAUAAGUGCAUUUUGUGCUCUUGUGUGUAUUUUGUUAAGGAAAAUAAAGGUGAUCUGGUAGUAAUUUCUUUUUAUUUUUACAUUUACUUAAAAAAUUUUUAAGUAUAUUUUAUUGAUUAUGCUAUUAUAGUUGUCCCAGUUUUCUCUCCCCUUUCUCCCCCUCUGCCCUGCAUGCCAUCCCCUACACUCCAGCAUUGCCCCUCCACCUUAGUUCAUGUCCCUGGGUUGUGUAUAUACGUUCUUUGGCUUCUCCAUUUCCUAUAGUAUUCGUAACCUCCUCCUGUCUGUUUUAGGCCUACCAAUUAUGCUUCUUAUUCCCUGUACCCUUGCCCCCCCAUUCUCCCCCUCACCCUCCCCACUGAUAACCCUCUAUGUGAUUUCCAUUUCUGUGAUUCUGUUCCUAUUCUAGUUGUUUGCUUAGUUUUUAUUUUUGUUUUUUAGGUUCAGAUGUUGAUAGUUGUGUGUUUGUUAUCAUUUUACUGUUCAUAGUUUUGAUCUUCUUUUUCUCAGAGAAGUCCCUUUAACAUUUCAUAUAAUAAAGGCUUGGUGAUGAUAAACUCUUUAACUUAACCUUAUCUGGGAAACACUUUAUCUGCCCUAAAUGACAGCUUUUCUGGAUAAUUUUGGAUGUAGAUCUUUUGUCUUUCAUGACUUGGAAUAUGUCUUUCCAGCCCUUUCUUGCCUGUAAGUUUUCUUUUAAGGAAUCAGCUGAUAGUCUUAUGGGCAAUCUUUGUGGGUAAUUCUCUCCUUAUCUUUAAUCUUGGGUAACUUAACUAUGAUGUGUCUUGGUGUAUUUCUUCUCAGAUCGAAUUUCUUUGGGAGACUCUGAGUGUCCUGGACUUGCAUGUCUAUUUCUUUUUUAGGGAAGUUUUCCUUCAUUAUUUGUUCAAAUAAGUUUUCAAUUUCUGGCUUUUCCUCUUCUCCUUCUGGUACCCCUAUAAUUUGGAUAUUGGGCAUUGGAAUGCUUAAAGUUGUCCCAGAAGUUCCUCAGCCUCUCCUCAUUUUUUUGAGUUCUUGUUUCUUCAUCCUGUUCUGGUUGGAGGUUUAUUUCUUCCUUUUGUUCCAGAUCAUUGAUUUGAGUCCGGGUUUCCUUCCUGUCACUGUUGGUUCCCUGUAUAUUUUGCAUUAUUUCACUUUCCAUUGCCAUCAUUUCUUCCUUCAUUUUUCUACCAAAUUCAGUCAUUUCUGUGAGCAUCCUGAUUACCAGUGUUUUGAACUCUGCAUCUCAUAUGUUGUUUAUUUCCUCAUCACUUAGCUCUUUUUCUGGAGCUUUGAUCUGUUCUUUCAUUUGGGCCAUGUUUCUUUGUCUCAGUGCACCUGUUACACUGUAACCAGUGGAGCCUUAGGUGCUUGUCAGGUUGAGGCAACCCUCAUCCCUGUGUUGUGGUGCUGUAUAUGGGGGAGAGGUCAGAGGGAACAGUGCCACUUGCUGUCUUGCUUGGUUCUUGCCCCACCUUCCAUCACUUCCCUCGCUUCCCACAAGUGGAUUGUGCCCAUUCAGGUGCUGAUUCCUGGGUUGGUGGGUUUGCACACAUUCUAGGAUGCUGUGGGCCUCUCCAAACAAACUCUCCUGUGAGUCCAAGAGUUUCUCCCACUCCCUCAAUCCCCACAGGUUUUUACAGCCAGAGGUUUUGAGGCUUAUUUCCCCAAACUGAAAGUUAGGUUGUGUGCUCUCACUCCCCAGUUGUUCCUCCCAGCUUAUCUGCAUGUGAAUGUGGGAAGUCACAUCUGCCAGCUGCUGCCUCACCUGCCUCAGUUCCUCUUUUUUGUUAAAAAUCUAGACUUCUUUAGACAGAAUCUUGGUGAAUAACUUAGCUGCCUGAAAAGUUUUAGUAGGAAGAGCUUACCAUGCAGUAAAUCUAUAAAUACUACUGAGGGAAAAUUAUGAUGCUUUUAUGGGGAUUUGUUACCUUUUGAAUUCAGAGAAGUAGUGACAAUUAGAGAUUCUAAUCAGAUUCAGUUUCUUUGAUUCAGGAAAACCAUAGGCCAUUUGUAAUUUUUAAUUUUGAGAGAUACAUAAGUUUUAUGAGAAAAAGAAGUUUGUUACUGGUAGUUCAUUGGAUUUAAUGUGUAUUGAAGAUUUACUGGGGUCCUGGCAUGUGUGGCUCAGUGGUUGAGCAUUGGCCUGUGAACCAAAGGGUCGCCUGUUUGAUUCCCAGUCAGGGCACAUGCCUGGGUUGCGGGCCAGGUCCCCAGUGCCCGGGCGCCUGAGAAGCAACAAACCACCUACUGAUGUUUCUCUUUCCCUCUUCCUCCCUUCCCUUCUCUUAAAAAAUAAAUAAAUAAAGUCUUUAAAAGAUUUACUGGGAAAAAACUUUGACCCAGAAUGGUAAUUCUUGCACCUUAAAUACAGUGUGGUUAUGUUUUCUUUCUUUUACCUCUAUUAUUCAUUAUUUAAAAAAUUGAAUUCAAGGUAUUAUGAGAAAAGGAGAAAUAUAUACGAAUGGUGUAUAUGGCCAAUAUUUCUAAGUUGUACAGUUUAUUAAAAUUUAAUAAAAUUACAUUUUUAUUUAAAAUUCAUCUUCAUGUUUAUUAAACCUUACAUCUGAUAGGUAUUUUUAAGAAACCCUGCCUGUUAAUCGUCUGAAGCAUUGCAGUAUAGUGAGCAGAGUGUUCAAGGUUACAGAGGUUGGCUUAAAUCCCAGCUCAGAAGUCUUGAGCACGGCACCUGAUCUCUGUGACUAUUUUUUCGUUUGUAAAAUGGGAAGAAUAAUACCUAUUUGGGGGUAUGAGGAUGAUUGAAAAUAAUUUAUGUAAUGUGCCUGCCUCACUGUCUGACAAUUAAUAGAUACAGUAUUAAUUAAAUGGUAGUAUUUUAUAUUAUUGAUAACCUUGUGAAAUAUGAAAGGCCCAUAAAUUCUUCCUCUUGCAGGUAAGGAAAUGAAAAAAAUUAUAUGAGCAUUCAAUUCAGUGGCUCAGAAUCAAGCCAAUGUAUCCUUCGUCAACAUCAUAUACAUGUAUAUAACUAUAUGGAUUAAGGAAAUAGGAAUUUAAAACUAAGGAAUAUAGGCUGUAUGGAAUAUCACCUUUUUCUAUGAAUUUCAUCAGGUUUUAGUAACACUGUGCUGAUUUUCUUGGUAUAAAACAUUCAAAUUCUGGUACACAAUUCUUGAAAAUACCCCAGAGAAAUAUAAUUUUGUGAUAGAAUCAAGCAAAUAUGAGAAUUAUAUUUGAAAGAAAUAUGGAAGACUAAAAGGGGGUUAGUAAAAUUAAUGUAACAAGUAACAUGCCAUAAUCAUAUAGUUCCUUUUAAAGUAGAAAAGUUUAUUCUGAUAUUAUUGUAAUAAACAGUUCAUGGUUGAAAGAGUGGUGAAAUGUUCUAUUCUGAUUAUGAAGGCUGGUAUAAAUGAGGAAAAGCAAACAACUAAGCUCUAUUAGCUAGAGUGACCUUAACUUCCUUAUUUACAUACUUGACAGGCCAUCAUCUAAACCUUUCUCACUGUGCUCUCAGCAUAAUCUACAAAACAUGGUCUGGUUUCACUCCAUCCCUCCCUCACCAAUAUGCUAUAGUCUCAGAGUUCUGUCAGUUUUCUGACCACUCUAAGCCCUUUCCUGUUUCAGGUCUCAGUUUAAAUCUUCCCUCUUCAGAGAGAGAGAGAUGCCCUCCCAAACUCCCUAUCUAAAGUGGUCUAUAUAAAGUGCUUUUUACUCCCUGUUAUGUCACUUUAAUCUCUACUAUUCCAAAUAAAAUAAGUGUUUUGUUGAUUAGUUCACAGUUUAUCUUCACAACAUCAAAUCUGUGUGUGCAAGGCCCUCAUUUGUUGUAUUUAUUAUGGCAUCGCCGCAGCCUAGCACAGUGCUUGCUCAACACACGUUUGUUCUGUGAAUGAAGAAUUUGUUGCUAGAUCAGUGAAAGCUCUCAGUCCUUAUUUCACUGCUUCAAAGUGUUGACAUUGCUGAGCACUCCCUUCUGUUUGAAACACCCUUUUUUUUCCUUUUGAAUUUUGAGUUCUCACACUAUUCUCAUUCCUCAGCUUCCUCUUUUUCAGUGGCCUUUGCAGGCCUUUCUUCCCCUGCCCAUCCUUUAAACGUUGCUGUUCCAUAGUUUCUACCUAGUGUCAGCACUUCUUUAUUCUACAUACCCUUUCGAGGCUCUCAUCAGCCUCCAUGGACAUAAUUUCCAUCUGUCGCUCUCGAUUCGCCCACCUCCAGCCUUGAUCCGUUUCCUUCACUUCAGAGCACUAGAUUCACCUGCCUGCUGGAAUGUCUCUCAUAAUCAACAGGUUAAAAAAUGAACACUAUCUUCUCCUUCAAACCUUCAAAACUUUCGAACCACCUGUGUUUCUCAUUCCAUCAAAUAGAGCAAUUAUUCAAGCCAGAAACUAGAGUCUGUCUAAUUCCUUUCCUCUUUGUCCUGUAUCUUAACUCAAUUUCUGUCUCAUAAACAUCUUCCAGUUAUUGUCCUCAUUUCUCUGUCCCAUUAACAAUACAUUAAUAAUAAACAUUUGCAUUCUUACUCUGUGCUGAGAAACAUGCUAUUUACAUGUAUACUUUUAUUUGUUCUUUGGCAACAACCCUGUGAAAACUUACCUGGAUUAUAGAAGAGAAAGCUGAGGUGUAGAGACAGUAAGCAAGUUGGUAAGUAGAAAAUCUGUCUGCAGACUUGGCCCUUGUGAUCUAUUCUGUGCUCUGUAGGCUGAAUGAGUUUUCAAAAUUAGAAAUUAAAUUGUACCACCACGCCAUUGCUUAAACCUUUAAAAUAUUAUUUGGUUUUGGGAAGAGGUCUAAAUUUACUAACAUGGCCUACAAAGCCUGUGUAAUUUUGCUGCUAAUUACUGCUGGCAUUUCUCACCACAAUACUGCCACUGUCCCCUGCUACCCGCCUCCCACACUUUUAUUGUGGCUAUACUAAUGUUUUCUGUGGUUGGCAUAUGCUAACUUUUUCUAAUACCUAACCUCCUUAUGCCUUUCUUCUCUCUACCCGCAGUAUUCCCCCACGCACGUAGGCACAGGGACACUCAAUAAAUAGUUGUUACAUUGAAUAAGUCCAGUUAGGACCCAAAUUUGGGCAUUUUGCUAGUUGUUCAAUUAUGCCUUUUAUUCUUGAAAUUGGUCUUUCUCAUUUUAUGCUUUAGACACAAUCAUUAUUGUUAUGGAGAACAUAGUGAGUCAGGAGAGGUAUAGCUUCCUGUGGGUGUUGUGGGGGGAGAUUUUAAUUAACUAAUAAUAUUUAUUUAAUACUCUUUGCUGAAUGUCAAAUGUCAAAUGACUGGAAGCUAAAUGACUUACAAAAGAUUACGGGGCCCUGGCUGGUGUAGCUCAGUGGAUUGAGCGCGGGCCUGCGAACCACACGAUCGCGGUUCGAUUCCCAGUCAGGGCACAUGCCUGGGUUGCAGGCCGGUUCCCUGCAGGCCAGUUCCCAGCAGGGGACGCACAAAAGGCAACCAUACAUUGAUGUUUCUCUCCCUCUCUCCUUCCCCCCCUUCCCCUCUAAAGAUAAAUAAAUAAUAAAAUAUAAAAAAAAAAAAGAUUACGGGGAUAACUAGCGUGUCAGAUAAGCCAGAGCUUCAGAUCCCAACUCUUCAUGCAAGAUGCUUUAUGUCGAAAUGCCAAUUUUACCCUCUAGUCAAUACUCAUGCUAAAAAUAACUUUAAAAAUGUAACAUGUUUACUUCUAUUUCCAACUGAUGGCAAGUACUUAACUCUCUUAAAACUUAUAAAAUUUUUUCUUAUAAUACUGCUUUAUAAAAUUACAAUAUUACCUGUUGGAUUAUGUGCAAAUCAGUCAAAGGGUCAAAGAAUGGUGAUAACUUGUGGAUAGAUUUUGAAACAAUCAUGGAGAACAGAGAUGCCUUAGGAAAUUGGAAGAAAAUGUAGUGUUAUUAUCUAAUAUAACUUUAUUGUUAUAAUUAUAUGAGAUUUAAAUAUAGUUCAUGAGCUACCAAAGAGCUAUUAAAAAUCGAGUACUUACAUAAAGAUGAAGCAAGAUAGAGUUGGUUGCGAGUUGAUGGUUUGCCAAAUCUUAGUUUGUACUUUGACUUUCCUCAAAAUUAUUAGAUAUAAAUGUAUUAAGUCCAUCCAGUUAAUAAGUAAAUAUAUUCAGGUUCUCAGUUUAGGUAAAUAUAUAAAAAUAGAAAAGGGCUUUUAUUGGAAUGUA